AACGCCGAUACUUCCAUGCCAAGCUAAAGCUGACCGAACUGUGCAAUGAUUGCAACGUCGACGAACAUGCAUGCCAAAUGCCACCCAUCGCCAAUCGCAGGGUGAGAUAACUUUGGUGAUCUUGAGAAGAUUCUUUGACCUUUUUCUUGGGAUUUUUGAUUAAUCCCAUGGCCCUGGCCGCCAUGGAAUCCAUUAUGUAUAUAAUGCAUCUGGUAGAGUGGCACCACUGCACCGGCGAGACUUCGAGUCAGCGAGUGCUCUCCACUCGUGGCGUCCACUCACCCACACUCGGCUGGCCAGUGUGCUGCGCUGCUGCUGAUGCAUAAGAAGCGGCAGCUCUGAGCUGAAACGCCUCAGCGCAGCUGCUUCCAUCCACUCGCAGUCAGUCUGUGGCUGCUGCGUCCGACACGACCAUGUAUCGGGCAGUGCUGUUCGGGGCGUGCAUCUUGCUAGUGUGCAUGGCGGCGCAUGGCGACGACCGGAGGCCGUACAUCGUCCAGAUGGACGUUUCGGCGAUGCCGGCGCCGUUCGUGGAGCACGAGGGGUGGUACCAGUCGGUGCUGUCGUCCCUGGCGGCCGCGACGGGGGAGGGCGCGCCGGAGCACCUGUACACGUACGCGCACGCCAUGCAGGGGUUCAGCGCGGUGCUCACCGCGCGGCAGCUGGAGGAGCUGAGGAGGACGGAGGGACACGUCGCGGCGUUCCCGGAGACGUACGCGCGGCUCCACACCACGCACACGCCGGAGUUCCUCGGGCUGAGCGCUGGCGCCGGCGUCUGGCCGGCGUCCAAGUUCGGAGACGACGUGAUCAUCGGAAUCGUGGACACGGGCGUCUGGCCGGAGAGCGAGAGCUUCAGAGACGCCGGCAUCCAAAAUCCCGUGCCGGCGAGGUGGAAGGGCGCGUGCGAGGCCGGCGCGGAGUUCAAUGCCUCGCUGUGCAACAGGAAGCUCAUAGGCGCGCGGUCCUUCAGCAGGGGCCUGAAGAAGAGCGGCAUCACAAUCUCGCCCGAUGACUACGACUCGCCGAGGGACUACUACGGCCAUGGCUCGCACACGUCGUCCACGGCGGCCGGCGCCGCCGUCAAGGGCGCCAGCUACUUCGGCUACGCCAACGGCACGGCGACCGGCAUCGCCCCGAUGGCUAGGGUGGCCAUGUACAAGGCCGUGUUCUCGGGCGACACGCUGGAGUCCGCGUCCACCGACGUGCUGGCCGCCAUGGACCGAGCCAUCGCCGACGGCGUCGAUGUGAUGUCGCUGUCUCUGGGAUUCCCGGAGACUUCCUACGACACCAAUGUGAUUGCCAUUGGAGCCUUCGCCGCCAUACAGAAGGGCAUCUUCGUGACGUGCUCCGCUGGGAACGACGGCUCCGACGGGUACACCAUCAUGAACGGCGCGCCCUGGAUCACGACCGUCGGCGCAUCAAGCAUCGACAGGGACUUCACCGCGACCGUCACGCUCGGCAGCGGCAGCGGCGCGAGAAGCAUCCAGGGCAAGUCGGUGUACCUGGCGAGCGCCGGCAUCGUCGGCGCGAACCUUUACUACGGUCACAACAACAAGAGCAAGCAGAGGUGCGAGUACUCCAGCCUCAGCCGCAAGGACGUGAGCGGGAAGUUCGUCUUCUGCACCGCCGGCGAGAGCUUCCGGCAGCAGAUGGACGAGGUGCAGAGCAACGGUGGCCGCGGCGCCAUCAUCGCGAGCAACAUGAAGGAGUUCCUUGAGCCGACGGACUACAUCAUGCCGAUGGUGCUUGUCACCCUGUCGGACGGCGCGGCCAUCGAGAAGUACGUGACGGCGGCUGGGACACGAGGGGCGCCCAAGGUGAGUGUCCGGUUCGUCGAGACGGAGCUCGGCGUCAAGCCGGCGCCGUCCGUGCCGUACUUCUCUUCCCGUGGGCCGAGCCAGAUCAGCCCUGCGAUCCUGAAGCCGGACGUCGUCGCGCCGGGGGUGAACAUCCUCGCGGCGUGGGUGCCCAACAAAGAGAUCAUGGAUAUUGGCAGCAAGAAGAUCUUCACCAAGUACAUGCUCGCCUCCGGCACGUCCAUGUCGUCACCGCACGUCGCCGGCGUGGUCGCCCUGCUGCGGUCGUUGCACCCGGACUGGAGCCCGGCGGUCAUCCGGUCCGCCAUGAUGACGACGGCCUACGUGAAGGACAACUCCAACAGCGUCAUCGUCACCAUGCCGAGUGGGUCACCGGGAACGCCACUGGACUUCGGCAGCGGCCACGUCAGCCCCAACCAGGCAAUGGACCCCGGCCUCGUGUACGACGUGGCGCCCGACGACUACGUCAACUUCCUUUGCGGUCUCCGCUACAGCAACCGUCAGAUAGCGGCCGUCACCGGCCGGCGAAACCCCAGCUGCGCCAGAGCAAACCUUGACCUGAACUACCCGUCCUUCAUGGUCAUCCUCAACAACACCAACUCGGCCACCCGGACGUUCCAGAGGGUACUGACCAACGUAGCGGGCUCGCCGGCGAAGUACAGCGUGUCGGUGACGGCGCCACCGGGUAUGAAGGUGACGGUGACGCCGCCGGCGCUGUCCUUCGGCGGCAAAGGCAGCACGCAGGCGUUCACAGUCACGGUGCAGGUCAGCCAGGUGAAAAGAGGAUCAGAUGACUACAAUUACAUUGGGAAUUAUGGGUUCUUGACCUGGAACGAAGUCGGAGGCAAUCAUGUUGUCAGGAGCCCAAUAGUCUCAGCAUUUGCCCAAUGAGGAAGAAAUGUUAGCAUAGCAGGAGAAAAGAAAAAAAGCGUGACAAUAGAAAAUGCAUCAAACUAUAUAUAUAAUUAGCAAGGUGAUUGGUACUAAUAGCGUGGUUAGUCUCGCUGUAAUAUUUUAUCAUAAUAAUAUUUAAUUAAAAAAUAGUAUAUUUUUAUUAUUAAUUUUA